AUGCGCGAGGGUGCGGCGAUGCGGCAGGCGGCGACGGCGGGCGGCGGCGGCGGCGGCGGCGCAGGGGCCGAGGCUUCAGCGGGAGGCGCCGGCGCGGCCGCAUCGCGGCGGCCUGUUGAGGCGGUCGUGCUGCAGUUUGCUGGCGACCACCUGCUGCUGUACAAUGGUGCCAUGGUGCACGGCUACGCCAUGCGGCCCGCGGCCAUCAACACAGCCUUCCAGCUCCUUGUCGGCACCGCGCCCUCCGCCGACGACCCCGCGCCCGCCGCCGGCGGCGCCGGCGUUUUGGCACGCGCGACCUCCUCGUCCCCUCGGCCCGAGGGCGCGCCGCGGGUGCCAGACCCCCUGGGGGCGGUGGUGGCGCUGGUGCGGGCGCUCUGGGAGUAUAUGCACGUGCACGCCCUCUGCCGCAAGCUGUCCAAGCCGUUCAAGGUGGCGUGCGCGCUGCGCAACGUGCUGCUGCUCGGGGACGUCCCGCUCUACGCCAGCAUCCUACUGCAAUGGCAGACUCCCCGUUUGUGA